UCUCGUCCAACAUUGGUGAGGUUGUGUCCAUCUUCUUGACUGCUGCUCUGGGUCUGCCAGAAGCUCUGAUCCCAGUCCAGCUGCUGUGGGUCAACCUGGUCACUGACGGUCUGCCAGCUACUGCCCUCGGCUUCAACCCACCGGAUCUGGACAUCAUGACCAAGCCACCGCGCAAGGCUGAUGAAGGUUUGAUCUCGGGAUGGUUGUUCUUCCGUUACAUGGCCAUUGGUGGAUAUGUCGGUUGCGCUACCGUUGGUGGUGCUGCCUGGUGGUUCAUGUUCUCCAGCGAGGGCCCGCAGCUGUCGUACUGGCAGUUGACUCACCAUCUGUCCUGCCUGGGUGGUGGUGACGGUUUCAAGGGUGUUGACUGCAAGAUCUUCAGCGAUCCUCACCCAAUGACCAUGGCUCUGUCCGUGCUGGUCACCAUUGAGAUGUUGAACGCCAUGAACAGCUUGUCUGAGAACCAGUCCCUCGUCCAGAUGCCUCCAUGGUCCAACAUGUGGCUGAUUGCCUCCAUGUGUCUGUCGUUCGCUCUCCACUUCGUCAUCCUCUACGUUGACGUUCUUUCCACCGUUUUCCAAGUUACUCCACUGAACGGAGAUGAGUGGAUGACCGUCAUGAAGUUCUCGCUGCCGGUCGUGCUGCUGGAUGAAAUCCUGAAGUUCGUCGCCAGAAGGAUUUCGGACGGUGAGAGUUACAUAAAAAAUAUGCAUGGACUAGUGUUAGCGUGGGCAGUUUUCUUUGCUUACAUCAUAUGGGGUCCAUAAUGGCAGUGAGAAGAUAACAGAAUAUCUGCGAUUGCUACCAUAACUUCUACCACUACUGCUAGCGUACAAGCGUUUGCUACUACUAGGACAAAAGGGAAGCAAGUAGACACGAUCACAAUACACGGAAGGAAGCAGUUCGGUGAAAGUGUCGCCGACAGUCGGCCGUCACAGAGUACCCCGUCACACUUUCAUAUAGCACGCAUAUAAUAUACGACAAAACAAAAGAUACACACAAAACAUCCAACAUUCAUACACUCUCAAUCGAAAGUACGGAUAUAUUAAAAAAAACAAAAAUUAGUAAUAUGCGGAUCCACUAUCCCUCGAUUACGUAGAUCGGUUUGCUCAUCAUACGAAGGAAAAAAAUGUCCUCUUACAGUAAUUUUCAUUAAUCAACUUCCUGCACCAAUGAAUACUUUAGGGAAGCGAAAACGUGGACAAUGAUCCACGGUGUACCUUUCGCAUGUGUGUACACAACAUAUAUGGCAAGCAGUAAGGGAUAGCAAAUAGUAAAACAAAAGGUUAAACAAAACAAAUACGAGAGAGAUAAGACAAAAGAAUCAUUCAUCCUUGGAAGGGCAUCGUUCCGGUGUAUGAGGCGGUGUGACGGGCAGCUCUCCCUGUCCCCCUAUUGUCAGUUUUUGAUGUUUAUCGCGAGUAAUCGAGAGUUUUUUCCCCCCUGUCUGUUUUUUAAUCGUUACUAUAAUCAUUACUUAGCAAACUACUUCUAUCUAUCUUUUUUUUAAUGCUUGAUGCGCACCUUUUGCGUGCGGCGCUCGGGCAUAUAUAUAUUUGAACUAUUUAGCGAAUACCGUUUUCUGUAAAGUUUAGAUAAAGAGAAAAAAAACGUUGACCGUGUAAAAUCGUAUGCGCGCACCCACAGAGAGCCGUGCGAGAUUAUUUUUAAUGUGUGUGUGUUAGUGUGUGCCUGUACUGUGUUUCGGAUGUCAUCCCUCGGUGAUGGUACCGGCGAUGAAACGCAAACAGUGGGCAUUUUUAGGAUAUAAAUCGGGCGAGGCAAAACCAGAAAGUCAGUGUAUGCUGUGAGCGGCCUUUGAUGUGUGCGCAGCUGAUAUGCAUGUGUAUGUUAAUGUUUUUGCAUAUCGUGGAUUGAACCCAGGAGCUAGUUCGAAGGAUAGAGGAUAGUAGUUGAGAUAUUGUUUAUGAUUGAAUUAUUGGUGGGAACUUGUAGUUCCAUUGUUUCAUCUCUUCAAAUUUGUAAUCCCAUUAUAUGUGGAUUUCAACCAUUUACUGCAUCCGUAUUUUCUACCACAAAGAAGGUCCUUUCGUUACAUCCCCUACACUUUCAUCUUCGCAAGGUACACACAAAAAAACAGUCAGCAGGAAUGAAUGCUUACCAGCAGCGCGAAAGUUGUUUGAUUUUACAAAGCUUGCUAAACAGAGGAGAAAAGAAAAAACAAACAAAUCAGACAGGAACUAAAAUGGUAUAGAUUUAGCAGCUUCUUUUUUUUUAAAUCUCAGCAGUAUGAUGGACCCCAUAUAAGAACUAUCAACACUUGCGUACUAUUGUGUGUGUUAUUUAAGGCUUAUGGAUGAUGAUAGACCGCGCAGCAUCCAACAUUUACCAUCGAGCCGCCACAUACUACAAAAGGGCGUGCAAGACGCCACCGUAUGUGCAUAACAGCAGGAAUGAGUGAGCAGUUGCGCUGUUUUACUAUUAAUUACUACUUACUUUUUUUUUAAAAAGCUACCAAACAACACUUCUACUUGUUAAAUUAAAGAACUCAACCCACUCUUGCUCUUCCGGAGCAUGCCGAUCCGGUACGUGAUAUGUACGUUCACAGAAGUUUUUUGCCUAAGCUUACCACCUUACAAAAACCAUUCAACCGACCUCUCAAUCCCCUCUUAAUCGUCCAAAGUUUUUCUCGACAUAUUAACCGUAAUGCGGCGCCGAGUGUAAAGAAGUAAUUUUGUAAAUCUUUUUUUUUUUUUAACGGUUCAAAACAUGUGUUGUUUCACACCAUACAACGAAGAAAUUGGUGCGCUUAAAGAGAGUGUUUUCUUUUCCUGUGUGUUUUUGUUCUUUUAUUACUUUUUUUUACGCGUUUUAGUUCUGAAUUCCGAGACAGUUAUAUUUACCUUACUUGUUUGAUUUUAUCGUUUGGCUUAUAUUUUGUUUACGCUUUAUGAACAUAAACGCCUCGCCCCCACUUUGCUCUGGGGGAUGAAGCUUUAAAUAGUAUGAAACAGCAUCCAUUACACAGGAAGACAGUAGUAGAAUAUGUUGAGAAGAGACACCGUUUCACCAAACUAACCUCCCAAGCAGCUUCCAUUCAAUCCAUUCUAGCGAAAGCAUUACACAAAAAACAAGUCAGUGCGGCACAGUUCUUCCUUCAUCCUUGAAUCUAACCGAAAAAUGCCUCUUCUAGUUUAUAAAAUGCCCGGCACGUCCGACAUGAAUGACACACGCUUCUUCAGAGAUUUCCUCUAUCGCAAUACGCCUAUCUCUCGCACUCCCACAUGCACACAUACACACAUAUACACACACACGAACUUUUCUAACCCUUUUUUGGAACUUAAGUUUUUGUGCGUGAAUUACUUAACUUAUUUAAAUUCGGGAACAUACUACACACCCACACAAACGUUACGGAAGGGUUUUGCUACGUGACCGUGUGUGUGUGUGUGUUUGUGUGCGUGUGAGAGUGUGUGUUAAACAGAAAGGUAUGAUUUACUACAAGCGCAUACGGUUUAGAAGAAGUAACAAUCGUACAUAAGUUGCAUAAGUCCACAAUUAAGCUAUUUGGGAGAGCAUUAAGCAUCAAUUCUAGCGAAUCUGUUUUGCGAAUUAUGUUCGGAAAAAAAUGUGGAAAUAAGAAAGAGAGAACGACGAAGGAGAGAACGAUAAGUAGCAGUUUUACGAAGAAAUAUGGAAGAGGAAACAAGAAGAAACGAAUCGAUGAUUUAAUUGAUGAAAAAAAAAACGAUGACAACACAAUGGCGCCCACGAUGGGGGAAGAAAAGCAACUUAUUAUUAUAUCCUUUAGCAAUAUCUUUCGCACUUAAGAAAAAGCGCGAAAGCCUUUUACCUUUUACAACGACUGGCUUCAAAAUAUUUAUGUUUUCAUUGUAAGAAGAGGAUCGUUUCUCUUUUUUCGUUUUGUUUUGGGGUUGUUAUGUCACUCCCUUUACCUCUUUAAGGAUGGUGGCGACUAUGCGCUUCCGCCUUUUUGGGGGGAAAUCAAAUGAGACUAAAUAGUUGAUGAUGAUGAUGUGUGCCUAGACAUAAGGGGGUAAUGAAAAGAGAAUGGGUGGGAGAAUAAGAAGGGAAAAGCACAUAACAUUGAGAGCAUCGUUUUGCACCGUUAUUCCAUCCAUGCGAAUGCUAAAACACAUAGAAUUGCUUUAAAAGAAAAUUGUUCGUAGAUAGGAUUUUCUCAUCUCUUCCGCAACCCUUAAUGACAGCCUCCUUCCCUCUUUUCCCCUACAUCCCCGAAUCAGUGUAGUAUCAAGCGGGGUAGAGAGUUCCUGGCGCACAGGUGGAGAUGUUGUGCUUCAUUUUGUUUUGCAGUGGCAACACUUUAUUGUUAUGCCGUGCCUGUGUUUAGUGCUGCUUCUGUUUUUUUUUAUUUUUGGGAUACAUUCUUGUACUAUUCUUUCAAAGUUUCAAUACACAAUUUUGCAUGUCUAUUUUUAACCCUUCUACUACUCGUCGAUACGAAGACGAUUAUUGUGUGUGAAUGUAGAAGAAAUGGGAUCGAUUAUUGUCGAACCUCUUUUGGAAAGUUUUUUCUUAUUUUAUUUAUAAUAAGAAAUUAAAAAACAGAAAGAAAAGAAACUUCUACCAACAUUGUAGACAAAGCUGUGGCAUAUUGAAGAAAGCAAGGAUGUGUAGGAAUGGCCACACCAACAUCCUUCUUCUUAAACAAAAUAUAAACAACGGUGCGAUUCCAAGCACUUGUUGGAGUUGCGUGAGAUGAAUUGUUGUUUUCCAUCCCCAACAAAUCAAAGUAACACCCCGCAGUUGUUAAAAUCAUGCAAGAAGAUUAAAAUGAAACAUGAAGCAUAAAUAUUAAAUCAUUAAACGUAGGUUAGACGGAGGAAAACUCGGGAGAAAUAAAGUUAAAACAAUCCCCCCCCUCUCAGCAACCACUAAAAAGGAGGAUAGGAAUCUUAGGGAAAAUUAGUAGUAAACUUUUUUUCCCCUAGAAAAUUCCUUGUUCAAAUACUGAACAUUAGGAGGAACACAUAAGUAGCAUAAAGGAGGGAACCGCUAGAGCAGUGAUGAUGUGUGGGCGGGAUCCCUUCGUUAAAUGAUGUCUUCUUUCAGCAAACUAUAGUAUGAACCUCAGAAGAAGAAAAAAAAACAAAACAAGUCAAAACUCUAGUGAAAAAGUUGGAUUGAUUUCAAGCAGCGUAAUAAUCGUUGAAGUAAACAUCCCAAACAGCGAAAUGGUAAUGAGUAUUGAAAGGAGUAACCAGAGAAGUGGAGUAAUAUGAGAAAGCAUGGGAAAAACAAUGGGAAAUUCAAAGAAAAAAAAAGGUAAUACAAAAACCCCAUAUGCGAUCUUAACAACACAAAAAAGGGCAAAAAAACAAGUUAAGUUCGUUGAUGAGCGUUGAUGAAAAGCAAACAGUAAGAAUAAAACAAAACAAAAUAAAAAAAAAUACAUUUUAAACAUACCGAAAA